AAACAUAUUCCAACAUAAUACGAACAACUUGUGCAAGAACAACAUCAAGUGUUGUCUUAAACCCUAAAGUACUCCUAAAACUCAUCCCACAAUCAUGAAGUUCAUCAACUUAGCCCUUUGUUGCUUCUUCUUCAUCAUUUUUUUCUUCUCAAAACCCUCUCUUCAAGCUUAUCCUCCUGCACCUUCAAUAAACCCUAGACUUUUCAAUGCUUACAUUGCUCUUCAAGCUUGGAAACAUGUCAUUACUUCCGACCCAAGAAACUUCACGAGGAAUUGGUAUGGAUACAAAGUUUGCAACUACACCGGAGUUUACUGUGCUCCGGCUCCAGAUAACCCUAAAAUCACCACUGUCGCUGGAAUUGACCUCAACCAUGCAAAUAUCUCUGGCUACUUGCCUGAAGAUCUUGGUUUGUUGACUGAUUUAGCUGUUUUUCAUAUAAACUCCAACAGAUUUGUUGGCACUAUCCCAAAAUCUUUUUCGAAGCUUCGAGUUCUUUAUGAACUUGACGUGAGUAACAAUCUUUUGUAUGGUAAAUUUCCUUCGGUUGUUCUCUCUCUUCCUUCUUUGAAGUUUCUUGAUAUUAGGUAUAACCAAUUCAAAGGAAAUGUCCCUUCAAAACUUUGGGAUCGAAAACUCGAUGCCCUUUUCAUAAACAACAACGAUUUUCAGUUUGCAUGGCCCAAAAACUUCGGAAAAUCAACCGUUUCUGCCUUGGUCAUGGCAAAUAUUAAAGUCAGGGGAUGUAUACCACCAAGUAUAGCAAAUAUGUCGCAAACGCUAAAUGAGAUUAUUCUCACGAAUGCUGGCUUAAAUGGAUGUUUGCCAGAAGAAUUAGGGUUGUUGAAAAAUGUGACGGUUUUUGAUGUGAGUUUUAACAAUCUUGUUGGAAAGUUGCCAGAGACAAUUGGAGGUAUGAAGAAAUUGGAACAUCUCAACGUGGCACAUAACAAGCUCUCGGGAGAGAUUCCGGCUAGUAUUUGCUCGUUGCCAAGGUUGGAGAAUUUCACCUACUCAGAUAAUUAUUUCUGUGUUGAACCGAAGAUUUGUCUCAAGUUGAAGGACAUAGAUGAUAAGAAGAAUUGUAUACCCUAUCGGCCAUCACAACGUUCAGUCAAUGAAUGUAAGACAUUUUAUUCACAGGGUCCAGUGGAUUGCAGUUCAUUUGGUUGUAGCUCAAGAUCUCCUCCACCACCACCACCGUCACCUCCACCACCACCACCUCCACCACCACCUCCUACAAAAUCACAUUUUUACCAUUAUCCUUGAUUGACGAUCAGUUGUGUUUCUUUGACUUUGGUUUGCUUUUACGUGAUUGGAUAGGUAUUGAACUAAAAGGAAAAAAGAAAAUUAAAAAAAUCAGGCUGUAUCAUUGAAUAAAUUAUAUACAUGUAAGAAAGGUAGACUUUCUCUUUUUAAAUGUUUUUUUUUUUUUUUUUU